CAGAAACCUAGUUAUUUAUUUACUUUGCAUAGACUGAAAAAUAUCUGCUUAUGUCUUUUGUGACUGUAGGUAUAUUAUUUUAUUUAUUACGUUGAUUACACGUUGCCAUACUAAUCAUACCCGUCAGGACGAAAUAGGAUGAACUAGUUAUAUUAUAGCAAUUUCAUCUUCCUAAGGUAUGAAUUGACAGAUAUCUAAACACUGCUCUGCUGCCAACAUUGUCAAAUGUCAGUGUCAAAUAUUAGCGCGAAAUCGUUGCAAUUUUUGCAAACCGCAGGCGCAACCGCAACAUUAGUAAUCGGAUUUCGUUUCGUGUCUUCGUGUACUACAUUUUCUCUAAAAAACUAAAUAGUGUGUUCGCCAGGAUUUAGUUAAAUGACAAACCGUCAUGGAUCUCCAAAUCAAAAGAAAGUCUACAAGAGCACCCAUUACUGGCAGUCUUGUAGAAAUUUAUCCGCACGAUCUCCAAAUGUAUAAACUGCCUCCAACCGAAAACGUUUCACUUCAAGAGUUCGAAACCUUAGCUUUGGAGAGACUAACUCUUCUACGAAGUUUAGCAACUGCCACUACUUUAAAAGGACUGCGAAUUUACUCUGAAGAAUGGAUGGACUACGUGCUAAACGAAUUAAGAACACAGGGCAUCAAGUACUACAUGAAGCUAUGUGAAAAGACUGCUUGUGGGACUAGUGAAGCUGAUUUGCAGGCGAGACGUAAGGAUCAUAUUGCACAUUUUAUAUUACGUCUAGCAUACUGUCGCACCGAGGAGUUACGACGGUGGUUUAUCGCAAGAGAGAUGGAACUAUUCCGAAUGAGAUUUAUCAACAUGAGAGGUGAAACAGUAGAUAAAUUUUUCAAACUAAACAAUCUAUGCUAUACCAACAUAUCUGAUGAAGAAAAAGACAGCAUCAUUCAUUUUCUGAGAGAAUCCACACCGCAUCAAAACAUUGACAAUUUGAAAUACUAUAAAGUCAAAUUCUAUGAAGUGUUGGACCUAGUUAGAUCUAGGAAAGCUUACCUGAGUGGUGGAUAUGCUUAUAUUCCACAUAAGGAUUUUAUAUCAGUUCUGUCAGCUCAGUAUCGAACACAUUUGAAGCAAAGUCUAGCUAUUGCUUCACAACAUCUCUCAGAGGUUGAAAACGAUGAGAGGCUGGUUGGGUUGCUGAAAGGGUUACACCAGACCUACACAGGCACUGACUACAGUGAUACUAAGGCAGUAAUACCUAUAGAAAGCCUUGACUCCUUGUCUGUGAAAUCAUUCCCACUUUGCAUGAGGCAAUUACAUGAGCAGCUGCGGUCAGCCCAUCAUCUCAAACAUGGAGGAAGACUCCAAUAUGGACUCUUCCUGAAAGGUAUUGGAGUUACAUUGGAAGACUCGCUAAGAUUCUGGAGGGAAGAGUUCACAAAAAUAAUGGAAUUGGACAAAUUUGAGAAGCAAUACGCCUACAAUGUCAGGUAUAAUUAUGGUAAAGAAGGAAGCAAGAAGAAUUAUUCACCAUUUAGCUGCAUGAGGAUAAUAAGCACUAAUGUCGGUCCUGGUGACUGUCAUGGCUGUCCUUUCAAACAUUGUGAUCCAAGUGGCUUGAAAAAUAGACUUCAAGGAUAUGCUUUAGAUCCCCAAGCUGUACACAAUGUUGUAGAUAUGGUCAAAAAGGGUCAUUUCCAAAUAGCCUGCAGUAAAUACUUUGAUGCUGUACAUAAUGUUGACUUAGGAUUGGGUAUCAAUCACCCUAAUCAGUACUUUGAGGAGAGCCAGAAGCUUCAAGGAGACAAGAAAAGUGAAAUUAAAGUCCAAAUUAAGAAAGAAAUUAAAGCUAUCAAAAAGGAGCCUGGCAAUGAUAUUGAAGACAUGGAUUUUGAUGAAAUAUCUGAAUGGAAAAAUUCCUAAACAAAAGCAUACUGUAGGCUGGUGGCUAUAGGUGGAUAAAUUGUGUUAUUCUUAAGGAUAAGGGACUUCCGAAAUGCAUUUAAGUUGUAAUGUAUAUAAUAUUGCUAUUACCACAUACCACACCCUUAUCAAGACCCUUUUCCAUGAGAAUAAAACAAAUUAAUAAUUAAGUUUUUAUAUGCCUUAAUAAAAAAGAUCCAUUUUAUUAAAGACUAAUAAAGUAUUUAUUUGUUUGUAAUUUA